UACCGUAUAGCUUAUGCGUCGGUGAACAAAGACCGAGCAGCUGAGACGAGUAUGUGCAGUGGUUCACCGGGGUGGAAAAGUCCUUUUUGUUAGAAAAGUUUUUUGUAAAAAAGUGUUUUUGCACCUAAAAAAUCGCCAUGAAAUUGCUGAAAACAAGCGAAAAUGGGUUCAAUAGCAUCCGUGCUCCAGUGGCAGUGUACAAAUUGUAACUUAAUCAACCCCACGGAGAAUACAAAGUGUCUGAAUUGUGAGAAUGUCAGAUUAUUUGAGAAAUCAUCUGGAUUUAAUAAUGAUGGCGGAGAAUCGCGUAGGGUGUACAAAAUAAUUCGACACUACGAGGAGAUCUACUUCAAGGAGUUGAUCCAUCAGUACUUUGGGGCACAUCAGGAGGUGCUGAAGUUGAAAUUGCCACGCUCCCCGAGUACACCGAGCCUCACGCGAACAUGGAACUGCCAGACGUGCUCAAGUCUCAACAGGAAUUCCGUCACCUGGCACUGCCUCAACUGUGAGACCGUCAGCUACCUUGCCCCCAUCUAUACGGAAACACUUAAGCGCAAUUUGGGGCGCGAUGCCACAAAAGCCACCACCGAGGAUCCCAAAACGCGUGUCUUUCACUGCUUCCGGACACGCUGCCUGAGUAUGGAUUCCGGGGAUUACCACAUACGACGGUGUGCCUCGUGCCUCCUCAAUGCCUCGUCAUUCCUGCUGGAGAAGAAGUACCAUUUGUGUGCGCACCAGAAGCAGGAGCACAAUUUAGCCGUACCGCCGAGUGGACGGAUCACGCGUGCUGGGUGUGUGGCCAUCGUGGGGAAGCAGCAACGCUCAUUGGAUGAAUCCGGCAGUGAUACGCCGUACUAUUCGAAUCAGAAGAUAAAUAAAUCACUCUCCAAUAUUUCGGAUCCCGUCUUCAGCGACAGUCACUGUGGACGCCCAAACCUUCCGGACGCAUCUACUUCAGCGUCCGGAUCGAUGGGGAAGACUCGGCUGUAUUGCGAUGUGUGUGGGGUAUGUAAUAGGAAUCAGUGCAGCAGCACGACGGAUACGAGCACGCGGUACAUUGUGACGACAAUCUCAAGGAGUGGUAGCGUUAGUCUCACCAAUAGUCAACCCAUUGUGGGGGCACAACGGAAUGGGGAGUGUGGGGUGAAGGAAUGGAUUGCCGCAGGGACUCCCAUUGCCUCGGGGCUCGAUGACAACUACUACGAAGUAUUGAGACAGGCAAAUGAUGCGAAGAGCAACAAUAAUCCUCCGUAUGAGAAUCACAAAGUCAUCUCACGAGCUGCUCCUCACAUCUAUGAGAAUCAGGGUGUGGUGCACAAUCCGGACAAUCGCGCGGAGGAACGCACAGAGCCCUUGUAUGCGGUGGUGAAUAAGCACAAUAAGGUGCGCAGCAGGGCUAAUGCUACGGACCCCAAGUACUCGUACAUUGGAAUCUCGGAUCCAGGAGGACGCAUUGCGGGGCAAUUGGGGUGCGUGAAGAAGGCACAAAGUGAGACACUCUACGCCACAAUACGGCAUACGUCACCACAGAAUAAUAACCCCCAACGCCUGCCCAAUCUCAUGGAUGGGGGAAAUGUGAAGGCUACACAAAUUGCCACUACAUCCUGCAUCAAUCGCCUUGAGCAGGAUGCCUCGGGAGCAACAGCGGCAGCAGCAGCAGGAGGGUGCGAUGGUGGUGAAGUUUACAGCAAAGUGUGGAAGGGGCCGAGAAAAGUGACAAUGGCAACACCCACAGGCCCGGCGAAAGCGGUAACGCCGACUUCAGUCCCGAGGAUGUGGACGUGCACAAAAUGCUCAUAUGCCUACAAUCCGCUGUGGGUGGAGCAGUGUGACAUAUGCGAAUCGAACAGGACACCCGCCUCCCUGACACAGCCAUCGCUCAUCACGGUGACAAAGGAUGGGGGUGUGUUGCGCUCAUCCGGGAGUAGCAAAGAGCUCAAAUCGAGUCAUGGCGGUGGCUUCGAUGAGGUGCCCACACUCGUGGAGGUGCCCAUUGCGACAUUCGAGCAGGAUCUCGAGGAUGAUUUUGAGGCGAGCCUCUCGGAGGCUGAGUGGACGUGCAAGAAGUGCACGUUGGUCAAUUCAGCGGGUUCCAUGGCGUGUGUUGUGUGUGGCGGAUCGAAGUUGCGGAGUAUUUCAAUCACGGAGGAUAAGACACUGCGUAAAGGGGAAUUCUGGGCAUGUCAUCAGUGCACGCUGAAGAAUUCUUUGUCCACAACAACGUGCAUUGCGUGCAAGACAACGCGACAGGUGCCAGUGAUUUCGGGGCAUCAAACAAACUAUCGCCCCUACACGGCCACCGGGUCUGGGCAUCAGUCCACGUCGGCAAAUGCAGGGCACGGGAAGACGGGCUACCACCACAAUCGUCAAGUUCUCGCAUCCAUUCCCGCCAAUUCGGCCAGCGGUGCGGUGGCAUCCUCCGUCUCCCCCGUGGCCAGUGGUCCAGCAACGGGUAGUAGUCUCGCUGUUCCCGCACAGAGAGCUUCGAGGAGUCCCUCACCGCGCCACGAUAGGUCAUCAGGGGCCAUCCCAAAGCGCCAUUCCACGGGGGCAGUAAUAGGUCGGAAUGCCAGUGGACACGCCAACCGGCAUAGCAGCGGCAGCCCAUCGACAAAAACAUGGCAAUGCCCAGCGUGUACCUUUGAGAAUUCAUCAGCGAGUGUUGUUUGUGAAAUAUGCUCCAGUCACCGGGGGUUGUUGAUAAAUAAUCCCGCGGGAGAUGGUAUCGGUGGGGCUGGUGGUGUAGCACCCACCGUCACCCCUGGGGGUGAUGCUAGUCAAAUGGAGAGUAAACUCAUGGAGAAUUUGCGGCAAAUUGAGGAGAAUGAGGCACGAAAUAAGUGGGAGCACAUUAUACAAUAUUGUCGUGAAAAUGGGGAACUCUUUGUGGAUGAUUCCUUCCCGCCAGCACCGAGGAGUCUCUACUACAAUCCCAAUUCCAAUACUGACAGCAAUCCCGUUGUCCAGUGGCGACGUCCGUCGGAGAUUAAUUGCGACGGAGGGAAUUUCCCACCGUGGGCAGUCUUCCGGACCCCAUUGCCAUCGGAUAUUUGUCAAGGAGUCUUGGGGAAUUGUUGGUUGCUAAGUGCAUUGGCCGUAUUGGCGGAGAGGGAGGAUCUUGUGAAGGAAGUGCUCGUGACGAAGGAGAUUUGUCCACAGGGAGCUUAUCAGGUUCGUCUCUGCAAGGAUGGGAAGUGGACAACAGUGCUGGUGGAUGAUCUUUUGCCGUGCGACAAGCGUGGCCAUUUAGUGUAUUCACAGGCAAAGCGGAAGCAACUGUGGGUGCCGCUAAUUGAGAAGGCUGUGGCAAAGAUUCACGGAUGCUACGAAGCUCUCGUCUCGGGGCGUGCCAUUGAGGGAUUAGCCACACUCACGGGGGCACCGUGUGAGAGUAUCCCCCUUCAGCCGAGCUCUCUGCCCAUGCCGAGCGAGGAUGAGCUGGAUAAGGACUUAAUUUGGGCACAAUUGCUUAGUUCGCGCCUUGUGAAAUUCCUCAUGGGUGCCAGCUGUGGUGGGGGAAAUAUGAAAGUGGAUGAGGAGGAGUAUCAGCGCAAGGGGCUACGUCCUCGUCAUGCGUAUUCCGUGCUCGAUGUGCGUGACAUUCAGAAUCACAGGCUACUGAAGCUGCGUAAUCCAUGGGGUCACUACUCGUGGCGAGGAGAUUGGUCUGAUGAUUCACCCCUGUGGACGGAUGAGCUGCGAGAGGCUCUAAUGCCGCACGGAGCUUCCGAAGGGGUUUUCUGGAUCUCCUUUGAGGAUGUUCUCAAAUACUUUGAUUGCAUUGAUAUUUGCAAGGUACGCAGUGGAUGGAAUGAGGUGCGUCUGCAGGGAACACUCCAGCCACUCUGCUCACUGUCGUGCGUCCUCCUGACUGUGCUUGAACCGACCGAAGCGGAGUUUACGCUCUUCCAGGAGGGCCAGAGGAACUCCGAGAAGUCCCAGCGAUCGCAAUUGGAUCUCUGUGUUGUGAUAUUCCGGACGAGAUCUCCAGCAAAUCCCGAAGUUGGGAGACUUGUGGAGCACAGCAAAAGACAGGUUCGUGGAUUUGUGGGAUGCCAUAAAAUGCUGGAAAGGGAUUUAUACCUCCUCGUGUGCUUGGCCUUCAAUCACUGGCACACGGGCAUUGAGGAUCCAUCCCUCUAUCCGCAAUGCGUCCUGGCCAUUCAUAGCUCAAAGCGUCUCUACGUGGAGCAGAUCUCACCGCCAGGCUUCCUCCUGGCGGAUGCCAUUAUUAGCUUAACGCUGACCAAGGGGCAGAGGCACGAAGGCAGGGAAGGCAUGACGGCGUACUACUUGACCAAAGGCUGGGCAGGAUUGGUGGUGAUGGUGGAGAAUCGGCAUGAGAAUAAAUGGAUUCAUGUUAAAUGUGACUGCCAAGAGAGCUACAACGUGGUGUCGACUCGGGGAGAGUUAAAGACUGUUGAUUCUGUGCCUCCAUUACAAAGGCAAGUAAUAAUCGUUCUAACGCAGCUCGAGGGCAGCGGAGGCUUCAGCAUUGCUCACCGACUGACGCACCGUUUGGCAAAUUCACGUGGCCUCCACGAUUGGGGUCCACCGGGGUCUACCCAUGUGCCCCCCAUUGACAACGUUCACGGCCUCCAUGCGCCCCGGCUCAUCACAUGAGUCACACCCCCAACAUCCCCUUUUUGUGUUUUCUUCUCCUUUCCAAUUGGGGCGCAAGAAACGAAUGAAAAAAAAAGAGAAAUCAAGAGAGGAUAGAAAAAGUAAUUUUUAAGGAAUAAAAAAGGCUGUUCUUUGUAUUUAACCACGAUAUAAUUCUCAAAAAAAAAAAGUUAUGAUUGUGUUUUAAAGGAAGAAAAAAUGUUUUAGGAGAUAAUUUGUGUUUUCUGGACCAAAGAAUCAACCCCCUCCCCUCCAUGUGCGAUGGCCGAAGGAUUUGCAAAAUGAAUGAAUGCGGGAAAAAUUGUGAUAAAAGGGCAAUGGCCAUCUUCACAGCAUGGGGUGUGGGACUCCCUUGAGGGACACUUGAAGGACAUUAAAAAAAAACUCAUUUUUAAAUGUUGUGCAAAGUGGCAAAUUUUAACAAAGAAAAAUAAAUUGAAAAAAAUGAGCACCACCACUUCAAUAUUUGUUCAAAUAAAAGGAAAAUUCAGCAGAGAAAAUAGAGAAAAAAAAUGAUAAAUUUUGAUUUCAAGUUAAAGUUGAGAUGCAAAAAAAAAGAAAAAAAAUAGUAUCGAUUAAAAAGACAAAAUAGCUGGGCGAACAAUAUUGAGGACAAGAAAAUUGAUGUAAAAACUAUUUACUGAAAAUUGUGUUCAAUUAAAUAGUUCUGAAGAAAA